CGGCAACGCGUGCGGACAGCGGUUCGCGGUCACACUCGUGGGGAAACGGUCGGUGAAGUUCGGAGAGCGAGAGAGGUGUGGACGAAGGUGGUUGCUCGUACAUUUCAGUUCUUGAAAUUAAAGGCGUGUACAAUGAGUAAAGUUAAGGAGUCUCCCCAUAGUGACAACGAAGCGGAAGAGGAGUUCAGCGUGGAGAAGGUUCUGGACAGAAGGGUUGUAAAAGGAAAGGUGGAAUAUUUCUUAAAAUGGAAAGGUUACUCGAACGAUGAGAAUACAUGGGAACCAGAGGAGAAUCUAGACUGUCCUGACCUGAUCGCUCAGUUCGAGGAUCAACGGAAGAAGAAGGAAGCAGCUGCAUCUGGCAAGCGUCACGAAGAAAAGGAACAGAAAAAGCGAAAAAGCAAUAACACCCCGACGCCCACUCAGGCUAAGAAAAAGGCAGCAGUGGAAGAAAAGAAGUUAGAAGGUAAAGGAUUUGACAGGAAUCUGGAACCCGAGCGUAUUAUCGGCGCGACAGAUUCCAGUGGCGAACUCAUGUUCCUGAUGAAAUGGAAAGGAACGGAUGAUGCGGAUCUGGUACCUGCGCGUAUCGCUAACGAGAAGUGCCCACAGAUCGUGAUCAAAUUUUACGAAGAGCGACUUACGUGGCACAGCCCAGCCCACGACGAGGAGAACUCCACAAAACCUGACCCGGAGUAGCGCUCAGCGUUCCUUCAUGAUUUAUUUUUAUGAUUACGAAGUAUUCCAUAACAUUAUCUUAGUUGUUUACGAGUUUUCUAACUUUUGUAGAUGAGAAAUAAAUAUAAGAUUUUUCGAACCAAGUAAAGCGACACACUGUAGAAAAAAAACCGAAGAGAAUUUAAAAAACUACAUUGCUGUUCAUACAUUGUCAUCACUUAAUAAUAUAUAUAUAUAUAUCUAUUUUGAAAUAGUACUUACACAAUUCACUGACGUUUCAAAGUGUUACUUUUAAUAAAUAUCUUUAAUCAUUUAUAUUGGUUACCAUUACUUUGUUUCUAAAUAUUUAACUAUUCAAGAUUGCAGUUGCGAACUUCAAAAGUUUAAAUAAAAAUCGAA